AUGGCGUCGAUCUUCCGAGACCGGUCACUCGGACUCGGCCAUUCUAAAAGAAAUUCCUUUUAUUCCACCGCCACCGCCACCUCCACCAACUUGUCGCCGUCCUCCGCCACCCCCAGCUUCGCCGCAACCACAACUUCCUUCUCAGAAGCACUCCCCUGCCCCUUCGGGGACGUUACUCUCUCCGCCACCGACCUACGCGCUUCCGCUUAUGAGAUCUUCCUGGCAUCCACCCGCUCAUCCUCUUCCAAACCCCUCACCUACACUUCCAACAGCCUGAGCAACAAUAACAGUAUUAGUAGCAACGAUGGUAAUUCCUCGUUGAGUAAUGGUAAUAAUUCCAGUAAUUCGUCUUCGUCAUUGCAGAGGUCGUUGACAUCGACAGCGGCAUCGAAGAUGAAAAAGGCGUUGGGGCUGAGAUCCAGCUCGAAGCGGGGAUCUGAUGGCGGCAGUCCGCAAAGUUCCGGUUCGGGAGGGAAAAUUAAGAAGCCAGUGACUAUAGGGGAGCUAAUGAGAGUGCAGAUGCGGGUUUCUGACGCCAUGGAUUCGAGGAUUCGAAGAGGUUUAUUGAGGAUUUCUGCUGGACAGGUGGACUAA